AUGUACAAGCUACAGCUACAGUUAAUACCUCCUAGCGCAGUGACGACGCCUGCACAAAGUAAUGCUAGUCAGCAGUUCUUUAAUAACUCACUAAUGAGUGCUAACAUGUCGGGCAUUUCAUUAAAUAAUUUUCCAGCAAACUAUUUAUUUAGAAGAGAUAGUGGAAUGCAUUUUAACAGUGGAAGAAGAAACAUAGAUAGCUCAGCCAUACCGCGGAUAAAUUCCAACAUUAAAAGGGUUUUACAUUUCACAAAGAAGACGAUCAAUUUACAACGAUUAGGCGAUGAGAUAAUAGAAAAAAUCGGGAAAAUGUACCCUAAUUUAGAAUCUGAAAUAGAAAUUGAAACCUUACAGGAUCAAUGGGGUUGUGACUUGGAUCCAGACUUCAUCGUUGGCGAAGUUUUUACUACAGAAAGCGUUGUUCAGGUGCUGUUAAAGAAUGAUAUUGAUUGGAAUGAACAUGUCCCAGUUUCUGGCUAUGCUAAUAAACGGAUGAAGGUAAUGCCUAAUAAUACUAACAGGAUAAUACCUUCUAAUGCUGCACAAACUCAUUCAAACCCUCCUUUGAUUAAUAUUACCAAUGCUUCUAACGGCGACAACGAAACAAAUGGAAUUAUUUUACCAAAGAGAACAAUGUCACAACCAUCGAAGGGAACCUUCUAUAAGGGGAUCAGGAUAUCAACACCUCUAGUCCAUCAAAUCUAUAGACCGCAUGAAAUGCCUGACCAGGAUCACGCUGUUGAUCCAAGAAAUAAAUCAAUUCUUCCACCUCCUUCCCAACCACAAUCUCCUCCAAUACGUAUUAGCUCCGGUAUCGAAACUGGGAAAAGAAUUCGAAGUUUGAUGGAAGAUGAUACUGUAUCAAGGUCUGAGACUGUAGACCCCCAGAAGAGCAAGCAGCAAAUACUACAAUUCAAUUCCCCUCAUAUUCCUAUAACUACACCGAAUAGGACAGACAUGACGAUACGAAACGUAUAUUAUAAUACAGGAAAAGAUAUGUCAUCCUAUGAUCAGAACAAAAUAUCUGCUGUAAAACGUCAACAACCAUUACGGACACCGAAGGUCGGAUCAAUUAAAACUCAUCCAGACAACAAAGGGAAUGGCGAACCACAAUCUGGUUCUACCCCUCUUACCAACGGAAGUUCUUUUAAGACAAAAAUUUCUACAUCUGCAGUACGUUCCCUGUAUUCUCACCAAGUGUCAGUUAUAGCAGCAUCAACUAAGGAAAAUACUAAUAUAGAUGAUGUUAUCUCUACCCAAUUACCAGAAAUAUCCAAAAUAACCAGAAAUCAUGAAAAAAUCCCUAGAUCACCACCGAAAGCUCUAAAACGCCAGCAAAGUUCAAUUGCUGACAAUAACGGUUCACCUGUAAAGAAUAUCCCUAUUCUUGAGCAAGAUGACAAUCAAGUACAUCUAGCUGCACUUCCUGAUAGUGAGCAUGGUUCAUUGAAAUCCAGUUCUAUACCUGGUCGACAAACACAGCAAUUAACAGGUAAGGGAACAUUAGAGGAAACAACUAUAUCGGACGCUACCGCCAAAGCUCCUGUAAAAGCUAAAACCAUUGGAUACAAGAAAGGGGAGAAGGGUGUAUCAAUGGUACAGGACGAUUCCAAAAUAACGAAAACAAACAAUUCUGUUAAUAUGAGAAGCGCCGGAGAAUCUGUAGGAAAUUCAAGUUUCCAGAAGAAACAUCUAUUAGAAGCUAUGCAGUCUAAAAGUUCAAGAAUACCAGCAUUCUUGAGGGGUGAUGCUCAAAAUGCCCCUACAAAACGUUCCUUCAGGAAGAAACCAUACACUACAGUAUUACACAAAGAUAUAGAUAAUUCAAAACCUGAUCCAAGGAACAUUUUGCCAAAACAUAUGCCAAGAAAUGCUGCUAGGAAGGCGGCUCAAAAACUCUCUGGAAACCCUGACUCAGAUACCGAAAACAGUUCUGAGAGUGACACAGAUAACGAAAAUGAUGUAGUACCAUCAACUUUAAGCGAUGAAGAAGAUUAUAAAGAAGAUGGCAAUGAAUUGGACACAGAUACAGGAAUUGAAACUGACUACUUCUCUGAUAAUUCUACUACAUCUCCUGAAAAUCCUGUAGAAAUCGAGAAACAGCCAUUAACCUUAAACAUUGAUCCAAUCAAAGAGCGGAUGGUGACUGAACUAGAUACUCAAAUUUUACCGGAUCAGCAAAGUGCCACAGGUAAUGAACAUGAAACGCCUGUUACAAUUAAUGGCGAAUUAGCUGAAAAUAUGAAGGAUUGUGAGAAUGUUAUACCAGACAGCAAAGGAAGCUUAUUAUCUCAUCAUGAUAAUGGUACUUUCUCGACAAUCAGCGGCUCCGUAUCUAAUACUGACUAUCAAUCGGUUAAUGAAUACGGCCUGUCUAACGGGUCAUCGUUCAAGACUGUCCACGAAGAGUCAGAGAAGAUUGAAAUACCACAUACAACUAGUCAGCCGGGUAAAGAAAUUCCUGAUGCGGAUGAAAGAAGAUCACAUUUGGACUCACUGAAAAACAUAAAGUAUCAAACAGGAUUUUUACAGCAUCAGAAGCCCAAAACAAGACCCUCACUACACACCAUUAUGGACAUUAAAGAAAAGAACUUCCAAACAGUAACAGAUAAUAAGGCUCUUGAUAUUCCACUUGAGCAAGAAGGGAGCUUAGAUGAGGAAACAUCAAGGGAAACAAGUUCCGAGAAUGAUUCUGAUUACAACGACUCCAUGACCUUUCCAACGCCUGCUUAA